GUCAAGCUCCCUCUCAGGCAAUGAACACCGCUGUGAACCCCCUUCACGUAGAAUUUCACGCGGUGGACGUGACGUCAUCAAUAUGCGUCACGAGAGGCUCGUUCUCGGCCAGAGCGGAACAGUGGCACAACAACACAACAAGCCCGUGGGUUUUAGCCAUGAUAACUCGAAGUUACAGGCUACAAUUUGCCAUGAGACCUCCCAGGUUCCACGGAGUAUUAGUUUCAGUGGCCAAAGGGGAUUCAGCUCGUGUUUUAAAAGAGAUCGUAUCUCUUCUAAACAAACGAGCAAUCAGAGCUGUACCGGAGGAGGAGAGCAAGCAGGGUUUUUACUCCCGGUACUUCGUCAUUCCAAAGAAAGGGAGCUCGGCUCUCCGGCCCAUCUUGGACCUCCGUGUGUUAAACAAGCACCUACGAAAAUACACGUUCAGGAUGCUAUUACACAAAGUGUUAUGUCAAUCAAUCCGCCCCCACGAUUGGUUUGUGAUGAUAGACGCGGCGGACGCGUUCUAUCAUAUCGAUGUGUUCCCUGCACACAGAAAAUUUCUGAGGCUCGCCUUCGAGGGCAAAGCCUACGAGUUCCUAACUAUCCCAUUUGGGUUAGCAUUAGCGCCCCGCUGUUUCAGCAAAUGUAUGGAAGCUGCGCUAGCCCCGUUAAGGAACAAGGGCAUCAGAAUUCUCUCGUAUUUAGACGAUUUUCUGCUUUGCGUCCACUCGAGAGACCAAGCCCUCAUAGAUUCCAAAAUAGUGUUAGAUCACCUGAGGAAUUGAGGUCUCAAUAUCAACUGGAAAAAGAGUCGAUUAGAGCCCUCACAAUGCACAGAUUACCUGGGGCUACACAUAGACUCCCUAUACUAUCGAAUCAGACUCUCGGACGCGAGGAUCGCGUCCUUCACCCAGUGUUUGCACCACUUCAAACCACAGCGGACGGUCUCAUUCAGACUGUGCCUGAGUUUGCUAGGCCUCAUGGCGUCUGCAAUCUCAGUAGUGAAAUGGGGACUUGUAAUGAUGAGGGACUUUCAACGAUGGGUCUCGUCUCUCCGCUUAUGCUCGCGCCGGCACCUCAGAUGUUUGGUGAGAGUGCCAGCGGCGUGCAUGAUAGCCCUCCGCUACUGGAGAAAUCCCUCAGUUUUGAGGACGGGGGUUCCUCUGGGGGGCGUGUCCACGAGAAUGACGUUAACGACAGACGCCUCUCUACUAGGCUGGGGUGCAACACUGGGGGGCAGAGCUGUGAAUGGCGUUUGGUCCCCCCAGCUGAAAAAGGAACACAUAAAUUAUUUAGAACUCCUUGA